AAAAAUUGUAAUCCGUUGUGAAAUAUAUUUGUGAAAAAUUACAAAUAGUAAAACAAGGUUAAAAAAAAAAAAAAAAAAACAUUUAGAUGUGAAAAAAACAUGAUCAUUCGCAGCCUUCCCAGUUAAAAUGGAUUGGGCGUCCAUCACCAUCAGUGGCAGCCAAUGAGUUACUUUCAAGCUGAACAAACAGUAGAAGGGUUGUUGAUGUGCUUCCUCAGUUUGAGUGAGGAAAGUGGCAACUUGCCCAAGUUAAUAACAGUUCAUUUAUAAGCAAGUCUGGUUCAUCGAUCACUGUCAAUGGCAGCCAAUGAGUCAAAAAAUACUAAAUUAACUCUUUACAUUGAUUGUGUUACUAUUUACAUCACUGAAAAUAAGGAAACACAACAGCAACCUUCCUACUGUUGGUUGGGCUUUAAUCUUAUUUCAUAAAUGAACUCAUCAACCGCCAUUGACGGUGAAACAAGAUCGUUAUAAGGUGCAUAACUUUUUUUUUUUUAAUUGUUUUUUUUACAUUACACAGCACAAAACCACAGCAAAUCUGAGAUUAGCAGUAAACAACAGAGGGUAAAUAAAAACUAAACAAGGGGUGCUAAUACCAUUGGCCACAAAUGAACAAAUGUUUUCUUUUUUUAUUUUUUUUUUUAAAUAGUUGUAGCGUCAUGUCAUCCGCUGUUAAUGGAGAACACUAAAAAUGUUGGUGUUAAUGACGUUUUCGUUCAGUUGUCACGCUGCCUUUACUCUUGUUUCCUCCAUUUUAUAAUAAAUAAGCAAAUCAAGAGAUUUUUAAUCUUGUUGAGUGGUUUUGUUCAAUCUCACUCAUGUCUGGUUUUAUUUUUUCACUUCUACUGUUAUUUUAAGGCAAUAUUAAUUAUUUUAAUUGGUUUGAAAGGGAAUUUUGUAAUCCUCUUAAUGUGUCAGAUGUGAGUAACUUGUCCAUUUCUUUGUUUUGUGGAGAAAAAAAAAAAGAAGCUGGACCUAAAAGGUAAGUGCUUACAGACAGGGGCGUAUCCACCAGGGUGGCAUGGGCGUGGCAACUGCCACCUUAAAAGUCGACACUGAUGGGGGGGGGGAACUCCAGUCAAUUUGACAUUUAAAGCCAUCAAUUAAGUAGUCUUAAUUGUUAUAAAUAUUCUAGAACAUCUUAAGAUGUAAAUAAGAAAAGAGUUGACUCGUCACCUAACCUUUGUGCUGCAAACCUGUUGAGUAACUCCUAACUUGCUAUUGACUGACAAGUCAUCGUCUUAUUGGCAUAACCUGUUUUUUUCCCCAGCUCAUUUUAAAGGACGCCAGAGGAGAAAGCGACAGUGUCGUGUAGGUAGACAUAAAAGGGAAACUGGGCUUCCCUUGCAGUCUUUGAGAAAUUGCCUCUGGCAUGGAGCCACGGCACGCAAGCCUGGGGGAUCUCCCCAUGGAGAGCUGGAUGAGUGGCACGCCACCAGACCUGUGGGACGUGCCGCUCCACCAGCUGGCCAUUCCGGGCAGCCAUAAUGCCAUCACUUACUGCCUGGACAGAGACCGCAGAUCCCCCAUAGAUGUAACCCAGCCGGACCUGCUAAAGAAGCUGGACAGAUACAUGAAGCCCCUCGUGCGACACUUCCUCUACAAGUGGGCUGUAACGCAGGACAACUGCGUGUGGCAGCAGCUGAAUUGCGGCGUCCGCUACUGUGAUCUUCGAAUUGGUCGCAAACCCGGCGACGACUCCGGCGACCUCUACUUCUAUCAUGGCCUCUACACCACGCUCACCGUGGAGACGGUGCUGGCGGAGAUCUGUUCGUGGUUGGACGCUCACCCCAAAGAGGUCGUUGUCCUGUCCUUCAGCCACUUCCUGGAUGUCAGCGACCAGCUCCAUAUGCAGCUGCUCUGCAAAAUUAGAAACAUAUUUGCUUCAAAAAUCACACCCAGAAUGAAAACCCCGACCCUCCGUAAGCUGUGGUCGUUGGGCCACCAGGUGAUUGUGUCGUAUGAGCACGCCGCCAUGGCUGCCAGUCACGCUGACCUUUGGCCUUCUAUUCCUUACUGGUGGGCCAACAAGUGCAAGGUGGAGGCCCUCAUUGACGACUUCGAACUCCGGAAAACACGGGGAAGACCGGGCAGAUUUUUCGUGACCGGCAUCAACUUGACAGUGGACUUGAAGUACAUUUGCACGCACCUGAACCAGCGUCUAAAGGACAUGGCGACGUCGGCCGAACCCGCUCUGCUGGCGUGGCUUGAGCGACAGUCGCCCGGCGACCGGGCGAGCUCCAUCAACAUCGUAGCGGGCGACUUUGCCGCCGAUGGCCGCUUUACGCGGACUGUUGUGGCUCUCAACGACAAACUGCUACACUUUACUCAACCCUCAAAUGUAUGAAACGUUAAGUUUCCACACCUGAAUACUUGAAUUCUUCCUCUUUGCCUGAUUCUCGACAUGAGUUUUAAAGAGGACAUGUCAUUUCAAAGCUGUGUGACAUGGACCACGUGUCAUUUUACAAUAGGAUGGUCCCCAAAAUCCGCAUUUGCCGAAAGCCCGGCCGCAGAUAUGCGGGGGUUGAGGAAGCGUUAGAUGUCAAAGUUUACUUGUUUUUCAUAGUUGGUUGACAUUUCAGUUUUUCUCAUUGAGUUUUUUAAAAAUGUUUUGAGAGAAGAAAAAAGAAAUUGGAAGAGGCAAUUCCUGGAGAAAUGGGUAAUUUCUUGUAGAGUUUCAAUAACUUUCUAUUCACUUCGGGGUCUUGUUAAUGCAUUGGCUGCCAUUGAUGGUGCUGGACGUCCAGUCCAUCUUGACUGGGAGGGAGUCGACAUGAAUUGGAUUGGGUGAUUUUUUUUUUUUGUUGUGUUCUGU